AUGCAGUAAUACGCAUUUAUGGGCACAAUCACACCAGUUCAGCUGGUUUCCCAUUACGUAAUUGAGGCUCAUGUGUUCAGAAGGCUCAAAUGGAGUAGUGGCUCUAGUUAUGGAACAGACAUCAUUGCCCAUGAAGUGUUCAUCAAAGCCGUGUUUCCCAUUUUCUUUCCCAGUGUUCUAAUUAAUUGCGUGCAGUGAGAUGAGCAUGAUGUUCCACUACAUCUUCAGAUGUACAUGUACCAUGUGCUCAUAUUUUUCUUUGUGAACAGUGUGGACCCCAAUGAUGAAUCGUAUCGUCCUGAACUGUGCAGCGAAGGCGAUUUCGAUGUCAGUAUACUGGAGGAGCCGCAAGUGGGCACUGCACAAGAGCCCAAGUAUAUUGUUUUCGAAUCAUGCCUCAAGCAGCUUCUCCAGCGGUGCCCGCAGUGUCUGGCCCCAGACUGCAAUGUGCAACUCUUCUGCGUUGGGACAAUGGUAAAGGCCACCAUCAUCUGUCCCAAAUCGCACAUAACAAAAUGGUCUAGCCAGCCAACACACCACGGGAAGCCACUGGGGAACAUCUUACUGAGCAGCGCCAUACUGUUUUCUGGAAGCAGCCCAACGCAGACGCUGCGGCUACUCAGCUUCCUUGGUGUCCACACAGUAAAGGCCACGCAGUACUUCAAGUUCCAGAGGCUCUACAUGUUUCCUGCUGUCACUGAGGUGUGGAACAAUGAGCGACAACUGCUGUUGCAGCAGCUGAAGGACAAAGAACUGUGCCUUGCUGGAGAUGGCCGUGCGGACUCACCAGGCCACUCAGCAGAUUUCGGCACAUAUUCUCUGAUGGAGACCGGAAUAAACCGCAUCAUCCAUAUGGAGCUGGUGAAGUCUACUGAAGUGUCCUCUAGCAACAAAAUGGAGAAGGAGGGACUGGAGCGGGCACUAAAUGCACUUGCAGAUGAAGGUAUGAAGGUGAAGACCUUGAUCACCGACAGGCAUACGGAAAUCAAGGCCUUCAUGAAGUCGUCACACCCAGACGUGCAGCACCGCUUCGAUGUGUGGCAUGUAGCAAAAGGUAUCCGAAAAAAGAUCAUUGCUGCAUCCCACUCAAAGCAGCACCAGGUUCUUCAAAAGUGGUCACCAACCAUAAUCAAUCACCUGUACUGGUGUGCGCGAACGAGUGAUGAUGAUGGCGAGCUAGUUCUGGCAAAGUGGCAGACUAUCCUCCGCCAUGUCAUUGAUAUUCAUGAACACCCAGGCAGCCUACAUGAAAGGUGCGCACACGGGGACAUUGGUGAAAGGCUUUGGCUGCACGAAGUUACGAGGAACAGAGACUUUCAAAAGGUUGGAGAAAGUUAUUGCAUCUCCCUACCUUCUCAAAGACGUCCCAAAGCUUUCGCCACAUAAGCAAACAUUUGGACUGGAGGCCUUCCACUCGGUCAUCAUCCACUUUGCGCCAAAGGCAUCAAAGUUCUCGAUUGAUGGCAUGUGUACUCGUACAAAGUUGGCAGCUCUCCACUUCAAUCACAACGCGGACAGGGAGAUUGCUGAGUACAUCCUAAAGUUUUCCAAAGCGCGGAAAACUUGGGCAGUUGCUGGGGUCAGAACCAAGCCCACUUUUGAGUAUGUCACAAAGCUCAUCGACUGCGUGCUGGACCUCUGCGAACAAUGGCCAAGCUAAGCCUCUGCUGCUGCUGCUUCAGCUCCUACGAGCUACGAAACUCUGUGCAGCAGGGCAGGUCCGAGGCCUCCGCUUCAGGAAGCCUUGGACGCCCACAAGGAAAGGUUCUCCCACUGACAGCACAUAGCCUUAACAUAACCUACAAGUAGCGUCUGCAUACUUCACAAGGUUACUGACGUACCUCUGUUGUGUCAAAAGGAAUACUUUUUGCGGUGGAAAGUGAGUACAAAGCAGUACGUGUGCAAUAAGUUUCGUCAAGCUGAACUAUGUACAAUUUUUUAUUUAAGAUGAGUGUCAGACAAUGGUACUUCACAGGACACUUGUUAAUCUCACAUUCUUGCUCUGCGAUCAUUUUGCUUGGGAAUCAGUGUACUUUUCGUACAAACAAGCUGAUCACAUGUAUCGUAUACUUGAUAAUGUAACUGCCAGUCCCUCACCCGGUAAUCCUCUGGACUUGCAAAUGCCUUCCUGUCUUUUCUAAUUACAUAUUGAAGUUCGAUGUACAUUUUAAGGAAGACCUGUAAUUCUUUUUGUCACAACUAUGCUCACACACAAUAGCCCUAGCUGCACGGACUCACUUGUGCUAUGUUGAGCUGCAGUGUCGCCAAACCGGCAGCAAUGGGUCAAAGUAGGGGGGCAUAGACACUCUCCCCCUCGCUCAAGCGCUCAGGAAAUGUGAUCACGACUGGCAGGUAAUGCCAGUUUUGCCUGGUAAAUGUGCACGGAUUGGCAAAUUAUUUUUAUGUGCCACCUCCGAUAACCCCUCUCCCCCAUAGAGGUCCACCUCCCCGAAAAAAAAUUCCAGCUAUACUUCUACCUACCUCCUUAAUCACAUGAGCUCCUAAAUGUAAUUUACCAAUGACUCCUCUUUUACUGAGUAAUGGUGCAGCCUGUUUUGUGCAUCAGGAUUUUGUCCACACUGAAGAAGGCCUCCAUAUAUGCGCAAAUUGAAUUUGUUAUGCCUAUGACACGUGCCAAAGACAGAUUUUUCUUGUUUUUACAUUUUUAGGGUCUAUUGAUAUACAAUUGCCUGUGUUCGAUGCUGGAGAGAGUGAACUUUCGUGAGUAGUUAAAAGUGCUGUGUGAUUUGUGAAGGGUGUAGUUCCUGGCUGUGCCUUCACAGUUCUACAUAAGACCAUAUCAUUGUGAUCAAUAUUGUGAAGGGGCUUAUUAUUUCAUUCCCCACAUCACCACCUGCAAUGGGGUAGAGUAAUGGCCCUGGUGAUAGAACUCCGCAUUCAUCAUUCAUCGUCUCGAAAUAAAGUUGUUGUUGUUCCAAAGGAGAACAUGAUAAAGGUUACUUUCAAGAACCGGAUGAAAGCCAAACUGGAAGAAGCCCAAUGUGAUUUCUAUGUUGUGUGUUAUGAUUGCUUCCCAAGGAACGGUAAUUCAGAAUUGCGGGACAGUAGUUACACCAAAAAUCUUCCACCCAUAGCUAUCUUGUAUACGUGUGUCUUCAUCCCGUCGCUCAUUGUGUCA